GCUGCUUACUUGUGUGCCGCUGCAGAGUGAAGCUUUGACGCUCAAACACAACACAGCUUACAGAGGAAACCACCGGCAGGCCAGAAACAUGCACUGAAGCAAAGGAAACGGCAGCAGAAGCAGCAGAAGCAGCAGAAGCAGCAGAAGCAGCACGGCGGUCCAAACUGUGAAAUGAGCACAUCCUCUAUGAAUCCAAGGUCAUAAGAAACCAUCCAGUGGUCAACCCAACAUCCAAAGGACAAACCGUCAGAGGGAGCGAUGAGAAGGGUUCGGAGAAAGGCCGGGAACAAAGAGAAGGUGUUUGGAUGUGACCUACUGGAGCACCUGACCGCCUCCAACCAAGAAAUUCCUCAGGUUUUACGAUACUGCAGCGAGUUUGUUGAACAACAUGGGAUUGUGGAUGGGAUCUACAGGUUGUCUGGAGUCUCAUCGAACAUACAAAAACUGAGGGGGGAGUUUGAAGGUGAAGGGACUCCAGAUCUGAACAAAGAUGUGUACCUGCAGGACAUCCACUGUGUCAGCUCUCUGUGUAAAGCCUAUUUCAGAGAGCUGCCGAACCCUCUGCUCACAUAUCAGCUGUACGACAAGUUCGCUGAGGCGGUGGCCAUCCAGCUGGAGGAGGAGAGGCUGGUGAAGAUCAGAGAUGUUCUCAAAGAACUGCCCACACCUCAUCACAGAACCUUAGAGUUCCUAAUGCGUCAUCUUGUCAGAGUGGCUUCAUUUUCCUCAGAGACCAACAUGCAUGCCCGGAACCUGGCCAUCGUCUGGGCUCCCAAUCUGCUCAGGUCCAAGGACAUUGAGGCGUCUGGGUUCAACGGUACAGCAGCCUUCAUGGAGGUCAGGGUUCAGUCUAUUGUGGUGGAAUUCAUCCUCACACAUGUUCCUCAGCUGUUUCCUGAACCAGGAGUUUCGAGUCAGAGGAGGAAGUCCCUCCCCUCUCCGUCAGCGAUAUCCAAUCAGGAGGAAGCCUUUUUCAAGUCGGCUCCUUUUCAGCCUCCUGUGAACAUUGGAAACAUCAGUCCAGGAGAUGGACCACUGCCCAUAAGACCCUACCAUGCAAUUAUAGAAGGCACUGACAAGAGGAAAGGCUCUCUCAAAGGCAGGAAGUGGAUGUCCAUCUUUAAUAUUGGAGGACGCUUCCACGACUCACGGAGGAGACACAAACACUCCACAAAGGAGAAAGAGCAGCCUACCCUGAGAUCAGCGAAAAGCAUGGACUCCCUCAGUACUCCCAACUUAACAAAUGACGGUAAUGAUGCAGUCGCUCUGGAUGCUUCCAGACGUCCUAACCAGCGUCCUCCCUCCAACAACUUGUCUCCACUCGUGGCUCCUCCCCCUCAGUCUGGCUCUGAGAUCGGAGUAUCUACUGGUGCAAUAGGUGGCAGUGAGUACGCCGUGAUGUACCGCCGAGGAACGGGCAUAGUAGGCGGGGGAACUCAGGGUACUUACACGGCCCUUGACCCUGAAGGGGUGGGGGUGGGGGGUAACGACACCGUCCUGUCCAGAUCACCGGGAAUCUCAGCCAAAGCAGGAAGGAGAGCAGCCAUGCACAUCACAGGCCCCACCAUGGUCACCAUACCGCUGCACAUCACCUCCAGCCUGGCAUUAGGGGUGCUGCAAAGGGGAGGGGCGGACAGGAUCAUCCACCGAGGUAGAGAUAAGGAUGUGGUGGACAAGGGGGAAGCUAAGGAGGGGAGAGAACAGGUGGAGAGGAGAGUGAAAAAGAAGGUGGAAGGAGGAGAUGGAGGAGGAGAGGAGGAGAAACUGACAGAUAGGGAAGAAGAGGAGGAUGCAGAAGAAAAGAGGGUCACACAAGAAGGAGGUGAGGAGGAUGACCAAGGAAAGGAGGAGGAGGAGAAGGAAGAGAGGGAGGCGGAGUCAGGGGGUGACGGCAGAGAGCAGCGAAGCUCAAGUGUCAACUCCAACCCUGAGGAUGAGGAUGAAGAUGAAGAUGAAGAUGAAGAUGAAGAUGAAGACGAUGUCUGUCACCACGAUGUUGACAACAGCGAUGAAUACAUGGAAAUGAAAGGUGUAGAACCACUUGAUGGUGAUGAAGUGGAGUGUGAGGCUGCCGACAUCCUCAACUCGACUGAAGUGGAGGGGGACGUCCAGGGUCUGUCCGGCUACGUUCAGGAUAACUUUGAAUUUCUGGACCAAAUGGACUGCAGCGUCAUGGAUCACAUGGACUGCAGCGUGUCGUACCAGGUGAAUGAGUUCUCAGUAGAACCUCCUGGUCACUCAGAUGAUGAGUAUGAAGUCAUGGAACACGCUCAGGUGUCCAAUGAUCCUGCAGAGCUUCAGGUCCACCUGGAUCCACAGACACACACCCACAUGAGGCCACACAGGCCACUCAGCCUCGACCUACACAACCGACACACUAAAUCCUUCAGCCUGCCUUACAUGACCUCACCGGUCCGGGGCCAGGAGGACCUGAGCUCUGAAGAAGACGAUGAAGAUGAUAAUGAUUACAGCAGUGAGGAAGAUGAGAGCAUGUUUGUAAGAAGUAACACCACAGAAUACUUUUUACGCAGUCGGGCUGAGUCUGCACCAGGCAGUGAAGCACAGGACCACCCCAUCCACCUGACAGUUUUUACCAGUCGGUCACAGAGCUGUGGGGGUAAAGAGUGGCCGGAGUUACACAACGAUCAUCCUGCAAGUGGAGGUCAGGAGUGGGCGGAGCAUAAGAACAGACCAAUGAGAGAGGAGCAAACACCGACGGAAGAGGAAGAAGAAGUCAACAACGGAGAAGACCAACUGGAAAACAAAAAGCAGAGCGCUGCAACAGUCGACAGCUUCAGCACCGUGGAGGAGGUCACAGAUGUUCAGUGUUGUUUGGAGGUUCCACCAUCACCACAAAAACUGGACAUCCACAACUUGAGUGAUUACAAGAAGGAGAAUCCUCACAGUGAUGAUCCACCCUGUCUGCAGGAAGAAGCUGUUUCUUCAGACGAGUUCAGAGACAUUUCUGUGCAGGAAACGGAAAGUAAUGAAGGCAAGGAUGGUGGUUUUGUAGAUGAAGAGGCAGCGGACACAUGCACAGAAACUGCUUGUACUGUUCUACAAACAGAAGAACUUACUGAUGGUGAUGGGUUACCUGAAGAAAAGAGGCCAGAAGACAACAAAGAGGAGGACAGUGUAGCACCUCGUAGACCAAGCUGUGAAAUUUGGGAGGAACUUGAGGAGGUUGUACUCGAAGUAAUUGAAGAUGAGGAAAGGAAUCACAGUGAGACAAAGGGAAAGAAGAGUGGAGAGGUGGAGAACGAUGGAGAUGAAGUACAGCAGACAGAGGAGGCUGUAGGAGAAGAAGAAGAGGUAGAAGAAGUAGAAGAAGAAGAGAAAGAGGAUGAAGAGGAAGAUGAUGAAGAAGAAGAAGACUUGAUACAAAAGACAGAAAGUGAAGUAGAAGUAGAAGUAGAAGUAGAAGUAGAAGUAGGAGACCAACUGAUGCACAACGACUUGCAGGAAAAAGAGUCAGAUGAUGUAAGCGGGGACGGAGACAAAGUGAGUCAAGAUAAAAAUGUUACCACAGAAGAAGAAGUGGUUUCAAAUGAGCUCGAAAAAGAGAACCAAGAGAGAGAAGACAAAACGUGCACACCGCCACCACAUGUAGACAGAAAUGAAAAGUGUAAACAGGACGUCAGCUGUGACACGAAUGAUUCAAAAGAGGGAAGGUGUGAGGAGGGGGAUGUUCCUCCUCUAGUAGGUGUCGGGAGAAAGUUGGUCACCUCCAGGCAGAAAACGUACCAAGUCAAAGCAGUGCCGGUGGUGCCGCCCAAGCCGCAGCACUGCAAAAUAACCGCCCUGACCCUCCGGCAGCAGCAGCAGCAGAGGGAGAGGAGAGACGCCCAGGACGAAGAGGCCAAGGGGGACAAGGAGAGACCGGCACCCAGGGCUGCAGGAGACAGGAGGAGGGACCAUGGAGAGGAGGGUACCGGCAGCAGGGACGCCAGCAGGAGCAGCCCCAUCAGCAUGUGUUUCGAUGAGGCCGUCGCCAUAGCAACCAUGAGGAGGGGAAAGGGAAAGGAGAGUGAAAAGGAGAAGGAGAGACACAGGGACUGGGCACAUGAUGUACAGUAAAUAGGUUUGUGUAGAGAAAACUGAUCUGACUGUGCAAACUAUUUUUGUAGCAUAAAGGGCUGUGUUUCUUUAUUGGUGAAAUGCUGCCUUUACUGAUGGAGUUGUUUUUGUUUUGUUUUUUUCAAGUAAAAUUGCAACUGCACAAACAGUAUUAACUGUGUAAUGCUACUAAAGAUGCUGUUUUCACAUCACACACUUGAGAACAAGAGAUGUUUUCAGGAAAUGUCUCAGUUGCUGCAAGUUAGCUACCAAAUCAUAGUUCAAUAAAAUGUUAAAACUGGAAGACAACACACAGGAAGGAUGGAAUGAAAGGUGAAAAGGCAUUUAAAGGUCCAGUCUAGGAGACUUAGGGAGAGUUAGGAGGAACUACCUCCAGAAAUGACCAAUAUAUAUUUAACCCUUUCAUGCAUGAAUUACGAGAACCUUAGUCUAGAUUUUUUUCCUGAGUGUUUUUAUCCCUCUUUAGGCAUGAAAAAACAACAUGAUUGAAUUUUUUUAUUGAAC